AUAAUGCCCGGGGUGUUAUUCUUCAGCACCUUCAUGUCGAUGCUCUACUAUCUGGGCAUCAUGCAGAGGAUUGUUAUCUUCAUCGGACGCUGUCUCUCAUACACUCUUGGAUCUACGGCCGCCGAGUCGAUGAACGCUGCUGGAAAUAUGUUCGUUUCAAUGACCGAAUCAAACUUAAUGAUCAGCCCCUUCAUUCCAACCAUGACUGCCGCUGAGCUACACUCGAUCAUGGUCGCUGGUUUUGGAUCUAUAGCGGGCAGCGUCUUAGGCCCGUACAUUAGAUUUGGGAUACCUGCUGACCAUCUGCUGUCCGCUACUGUCAUGUCCGCCCCCGCCACCCUCGCUGUGACACGAAUCUGUUACCCCGAGGUCGAGGUUCCCAAAGUGACGAUAGAAGACAUAGAGAACAUGGAGAGAAUUCGAGAAGGUUCUAUCAUUGAUGCGGCAAUCCAAGGCGCUAUGCUGUCUUUUAAAAUCAUCUCCUGUAUUCUCGUCAACUUGAUAGCCUUCUUAUCAGUCUUGAGGUUCAUCAACGCCACGCUUACCUGGUUUGGUGAUAGAGUGGGAUUAGAAGACGUGUCGUUUGAGAUGCUCUGCUCGUACUUUCUCUACCCUGUCGCCGUUUUCAUGGGAACUGAAUGGUCGGAUUGCAGGCGCAUGGCUGAGCUAGUUGGCAUCAAGACAUUCACAAACGAAUUUAUUGCCUACGAGAAACUAGCGGAACUGAUCAAAAACCGCCAGGCCUACGAAAAAUACCUGAGAGAGAAUGGACCAGGAUCCAUACAUUUUGUAGGGGAAGAUAUCAUCUUGGGCGACUUUACUAAUAGUUCACGACUGAUUGCUGGGAUAAUAUCACAAAGGUCAGAGGUUAUCGCCACCUAUGCCCUAUGCGGGUUCUCCAACAUCGGCUCCAUGGGCAUCGUGCUGGGCAGCCUGUCUGCCAUGGCACCUAAUCGUCAGACAAUCCUGUCCAAGCUGGUCUUCAGAGCAAUGGUCGCAGGCAACGUGGCUUGCUUCGUGACCGCUUGCAUUGCAGGACUAUUUUUUCACAAUUUUGAGAAAGACGAAACGUAAAUUGGCGCUCUGAUGAAAGAUUUCUAAUGUAUCUUUGUUCAAUAAUUUGUGUUAAACAGUGAAGACCAGAGUUAACUAGCCAAUGAAAGAGGAAACGUACAAAUAAAAUUGAAGUGCAUGAACGUAAUUUAUAUGCAUGGGAUAAGAUAGUCUAUUACUUGAUUACUACAGUACAUUGUAUUUAAAGUAAUAUGACAUAUAAUACAAUAGAUAUAUGACAUAUAGUACAGUUGAUUAUAUGUUACAAGGUUUUUUUCUUCAAUACAACU